AUGGCAUGCACACGCAUCAAUCCUUGCCCAAAUCCAGGUAUUCCACCUGUUAGUAUCGAGCUUCGAGACAUACCUUCAACGACGCAACCGGGAUUUGCUCUUGCCCUCAGAGUACUCGAGGGAUACUGGCGACAGGCGACAAAUAUGAGUACUGAAGAGCAGUGGGAUUACAAGAGUUUCAUUGAAAAUAGCUAUUUCUUUAGGCAUGAUGAGGGCGGAAAGGAGAUUGACUCUCCAGAAAAUCACAUUCUCUUCAACGAGUUACAUGUCACACCGACUUGGGGGAGAUAUGUGUUCCUGAAAUCGUUAUUCGGCGAGGAAUUCACAUCCAUCAUCGACUAUUUUGCGAUCGACAUAUUCGAAUCCGUUGAAACUCUUGACCUUGAGGACGAGUAUCGCACUUACCACCGAGACCCAAAUCGACCCUAUAGCGAAACCAGUAGAGAAGUGCAGACGCCAUAUACCGCCCCAUCUGAUUCUUCUCUCCCCAACUCUAACUCUACAGAGUACCUCAGCACCAAUCGCGAUCAGUCAAAUAUCCCCUCUCCUCUGGGCCAGUCUUCGUCCGUCAAUAAUCAACUUCUAAUGCAACGUGAUCUUAAGAGACUGGAAGCCCGCCUCAAAGCGUCCAUCGUUGAGAUGGGAAAUAAGAUCCUGGAAGAGGUCUAUGAGCUUCGCGAGCAUGUCAUGGCAGCCGAAGCCAACAAUGACCAAAUGUCUUCCAUAGAGACCAACUGA